CGCGUCAUUUGUGGAAGACGUCAAAUUUCCCAAAGGAAACGACAUUUCGACUCAUCUUCCUGCACGCCUCGUGCUCUCAGUUUUUCAAUCUUUAUUCUAUCAGCAAAAACUCAGAUGUUAUAUCAUUCAUCACUCUUAAUUAAAUCUUAACACGGAACCAAACUGUUGAUUGAUUCUCACUCCUUACUUCCAUCUUCACAAGCUUUCGAGCUCAAAUUUACACAUACAUUUACUUCCAUCACCAUUGUUGUACCACAGCCGCUGAAACUGAACUUCAAUGACAACUGAUUCCGCAACCGCCAUCAUCCACCGGUGGCGAUCUACAACCGACCACAACCUCUUCAUAUUCCACAACCAUCGUGAACAAAUUGCUCCAUUUUUACAAGCAGUAGACGAAAUUCAGCGAACGAUUGACUUUACCGCUUCAGAAGAUGAACGAAAACACGCGAAAUCAGUAAUACAGAUCGCUGUAUCUCGUCUCACCGAUGAGUUUCGCAAUAUCUUAAAAGUCAACGCCAAGUCAACCUCAUCUCUAAACCCUAAUUCUCACACCGAUUCGACCACAAUGACGGACAGUGCUUCCAGCAAUUACCAAGUAUAUGAAGAUGAUUAUAUAAACCAUAAUAAAUUGAGUACUGAUGCGGUUAAUGAUCUUAGAACCAUCGUAGUGAGGAUGAACUCGUCUGGAUUUGUUAACGAAUGUUUGAAAGUGUACGUUAGCGAACGAAAAAAAGUGAUCGGUGCUUGUUUGCAGCAUUUGAAUGUUGAGAAAUUGAGUAAAAGUAGUUGUAGGAGUUUGGAGUGGGGAGUGUUGGAAGUGAGGAUAAGAAUUUGGAUUAAGGCGGUAAAGGUUUGUUUUAAGUAUUACUUCGAAAACGAGAAGCGAUUGUGUGAGCAAGUUUUCUGUGAUCUGGGAGACGAAACGGUUGGUUCUUGUUUAGUGGAUACGAUAACAGAGUAUACGGUUCAGCUGUUGGACACUGCAGAAGCACUUAGCUCCAUUCGUCCUGCUUCUGAAAGGCUUUUUAAGAUGUUAGACGUCCAUGAUACGUUGUCUGAUCUCAUACCGUCGAUUAAUGGUCUAUUUCGUUCAGAAUUAUCAGAGUUUAUAAGAACUAAAGCUAAAAAUGAGGUUUUACCCAAACUCGGUGAUAAAGCAAACGAAAUUCUGCUGAGGUUUGAGAAUGAUUUGGUUAAUGAGCAAUCUCCAGUGGUUCAUGCUGAACCGAUCCACCGGUUGUCGAAGUAUGUGAUGCAUUACGUUUACAAGUUAUGCGAUCACAAGCAAAGUUUGAUGAGAUUGUCUCUACCUGAUCCUCCAUCCAUGGAGGCUGCUGGAACGAUAUCUGGAAGUUUUUCACUUCAUGUGGUUUGGAUUAUAAUGAGAUUGUUGUCGAAUCUAGAGGCUAAAUCAAAGCUAGGUAAAGAUACGGCUGCUGGUCGGUUCUUUGCUAUGAACAACUUUCAUUACAUCAUUCAGAAGAUCCAAGCACGUCCGGAGUUGCUAGAAAUUGUAGCAGACGAUAAUUUUAACAAGUUGAUUGACAAAUUUGAACAGGCGAGACUGGAUUACCUGAAGUUAACUUUUGAUGUGGUUUCGAGGAAUUUAAGUGAUAAGGGAUUGAGCAGGAUUAAGAUUUUACCUUUUAGGGUUGCGAAAUUGGCAGAUAGAUUGAAGAGAUUCAAUUAUGAGUUUGAGAAACUUGAAAAGGAACUUGGGAAAGUAGUUGUCCCAGAUUUCGGACUUGUGUUGGAGCUUCGUAAAUUGAUUGUUGAAAUGGUGGUGACCGCUUAUACCUCCUUUCUUGUUCAUACGAAGAAAGUAGCUCGCUUGGAGACGUAUGUGAAAUACUCAGUUGAGGAGAUUGAGUCUGCCAUUCAAGGAUUCUAUGACUGCAGAUAAGCACCACUGUUUCUAAUUUCCAGUCACCAAAGAAGUACAUUUCUUUGAUGUAUUUAUUAAUUUCCUCAGGGUUAUAUAAUAUAGUUUUGUGCCCUUGUAUCAUUCUGUGUUCUAUAUCCAUUUCAUAAAUAAAGCCAGCACUUGUAGCAGGUUAUCA